ACUGACGUUAAGAAAAUUGUCGAGUAUUAUGUUCUUAUGUAUUAUGUAUUUACCAUUCAUGCGUUAAAGAAAUUACAUAAAUGCGUUAAAAUUUAUACCAGAAUAGGAAAGCUAUAGAAUGUCUGGUCAAACGAUAAAAAGGGAAGGGAUAAACGUAUUCUCGUCGAUUGCUUCGACAGUCAUUCGUGUCCUGAACUUCGCUAAGUGAUGAUCUGUAUAGAGACUCAAUAUUUAGGUCUCAACAGAAUUCUAUUGCUUGCUGUUGGCUUGUGGCCAUUUCAACAAUCCAAAUUCACUCGAUUUCAAUUUAGUUUCCUCUUUGCUAUUUUAAUGACAAGUAUUAUAUUUCAGUUAACAGCAUUUAUUACAACAUUACAAUAUACUUCAGAUUUCAUCGCCAGGGUUCUGUUUUCUGCAACCUUUUUUACUAUUUUUAUGAUAAUAUAUUAUGCAUUUUAUGUUAACAUCGAAAUUGUAAAAACGUUGUUGAUACAACUUCAGCAUGUAUGUGACGAAUUAACAGAUAAAAAUGAAAUCGCUAUCGUGGAAAAAUAUGGCUACACUGCGAAAUGUUAUACAAUUGCACUUAUCGUAGCUGGAAUUUGUGCAGUAUCUGGUACUUUUAUCGUUCAAUUGUGGAUUAUAUAUGAUGAUGUUCUAUCUAUGAACGUAACUCGAUCACACAGUAUGCUAUACGUAACGGAAUAUUUUGUCGAUCAGGAAAAAUACUUUUUUUUAAUUUUAUUACACAUAAACUUAGCAGAAUGCAUAGGUGCAAUUGCGAUGGUAGCAACAGGAACAAUGUUUAUUACGUAUUUUGAAAUUUUCUGUGGAAUGUUUAAAAUCUCCAGUUAUCGUAUUGAACGCGCAGUAAAAAUCAACAUUGUACAAAAUAUGACGUUAAGAAAUAAAAUGUUAAGAUCCGUGAAUUUAAUUUGCGCCAUAGAUAUUCAUCGACAAGUUAUAAAAUUAUGCAAACACUUCCUAUCCACAUUUGAGAUAAUGUUCUUCUGUUUAGCACAGAUGUUUGUAAUUUCAUUGUGUUUCAACUUUGUUCGAAUUUCUCAGAUUUUGUUGUACGAGCAAACUACUAAAAAAGCUAUAUUACCUACAAUAUUUGUAGCUGCUAAUAUUCUAUAUUUGUUCCUAGCAAAUUUCUAUGGACAAACUAUGACGGAUCACAAUAAUUACAUAUUUAAUACCGUAUACAAUGUUGAAUGGUACGCAACUCCUUUACACAUCCAGAAGCUAAUACUCUUCUUGUUGCUAAAAGGUGCCAAAAAUUUUACUCUGAAUGUCGGUGGAUUGUUUAUUACAUCUUUAGAGUGUUUUGCCACGUUGGUGAAAGCAUCAGUAUCUUAUUUUACUGUUGUAUUAGCUACACAGUAGUGAGAUAAAUACAAAUCAAAUAAGCACAUGAGAAAAAUAUAUUUAAAGAAUAUAAAGCAGUAUUCAUUAGAAUUUUAUUAUUCAUUAGAAAAUAGAAAAUUUUUGUUUUGAUGUAAUUUAACUUGAAGUUUUUCUUAUUAGAGAAAAUAGAAAAUAUUCAAUAUUCAAAUAUUCGAAAGCAUUGAAACAUUAACUCUGCAAUGCAUUAGGAUUAAAUAUUGUACAUCACGAUGUAUUAUACAUCGAAAACAAGAGAUUGUAUUAUUUUAUAUACAGUAUCAGUUCGAUUCAAAUCGACAGAGCUUAUCUUUACAUAUGAUAGAUAACUUUACCACGAACUCAA